AUUCUACAAACAUUCUAAUCUAAAAUCUUAAUUUGAGAACUGAUUUUGGUCCAAAAGUAGUCAAAAUUUAAUUAAUCCUCUUUUUGUAUGUUACAGAUUGCAGCUGUGUAUUACUACCUAUGCGUAGUAGCGUUACAAUUUGUCGUUCCCAUAAUUAUAUGUUUAUUUUUUACAUUUCUGUAUAAAACACUGGGUGAUUUUACCUGGGAAGGUAUUUUAAAAAAAACUUUAGAGGAAGAGUGUCCAGUGAACGAAUUACCGAAAUCAUUAUCGUCUGCAAUUAGUACUGAUGAUAUCGAUAAAACUAUAAUACAAACUACUGAAGAAAUUCAACUUACACUUGGUUCAUUAAAACAGAUAUUUACUACAGACGUGUACAGAGGUAUCUUAGGAUUAGCAACAUGGUGGAGUUGUUUUGCAUUAUUUGCAACUAGUGCUAUGGGCAUGUUCUAUCAAUCAUAUUUCUCAAAUGUGUGAAGAGAUCUUUUAGGAAAAAAGAAUCCUGAUAUCAUUUCGCACAAAUUUUCAUUAGUUCAUAGCUCAAUCAUUUAUUAUAGAUAAUGUUGUCUAUCGAGAUACGUAUUUUUAGAUUUUACCUAUUUUACCUAUUUUACCUAUCGUCAAAUAAUUAAAAUAAUAGCGUUCUGUACAGUUUUGUAAUGUGCGUAUGGUAAUAAAUAUCGCAUUAUAAAUAAAAAUAUUCUCUCUAGAACUUAAAAAUACUUUUUAGAACUGAUUGAAAAAAUAUUUAAAGCCUAUAUUUAAUGUGCACAAUCUACAAAUAAAACAAGAAGAGAAAGAAAAAU